ACUUCUCCUCCUCGGACGUGUCUUUGAGCGCCAUUUUAAAUGUUUUCAAAGCACUGCAACGCGAAAAUCAGGUGGUCUCCACAAAAAGUGUCACUGACCGCCGUGAAUAAUUGACUUGCUCGGGGUGACGGCUAGCAUUUUUGUAGCUUGAUGGAUUUCCCGGGAGACGAAGAACUACGUCGGUUUUUCCACUGCUCCAAGACAGAAAUGUCGUGCAUGGAAAACCCGCAGACUUUUAUACGUCAACUCAGGGAUUACGAUCUGAUUCCGGAAAAAUUCUACAAGAAAGUGGACCGCACCAAGAGCAAAGAGGCCUUGAAGAAAGCCCUCUAUGAUAUUCUGGACUGGUUGGAGCGCGAGCGACCAAAGUCCAUCAAGAUGUUUUGGAGGUGUGUCUUCAAGGAAACCAUCAUAAGUCAAUACCCCACCCUGCAACAGUUGAGCAAAAGCCUCAAAGAUGGCUCCUUUUAUUUGGAUACACAACUGUUUAACAGCAAGCCGCAGGCGGAGACCGAUGUCAGGAAAAGAAAGGAGCCAUCAGAAGAUGAAAACAUAGAGUGGAGGCAAGAAAUCCCAGUGUCAAAGAAGAAAUGGAAAAAUAACAUGUGCGGUGAGAAGGAGCAGCCCUCCCAAUCGUCUCUAUCACCAAACAAAAGUCUGUUUAACAACAAAGGACAGGUGGAGACUGAUGUCGGGGAAAGAAAGGCGCCAUCAGAAGAUGAUAUCGUACAGAGGAGGGAAGAAAUCCCAGUGCCAAAGAAGAAGAAACAGAAAAACAACGAUGUGUGCGGUGAGAAGGAGCAGCCCUCGCAAUCGUCUCUAUCAUCAAAGAAAAGUCAGUUUAACACCAAGGGACAAGAAGAGACCGAUGUCGGGAAAAGAAAGAAGACAUCUGAAGAUGAGAAUGUAGCAAGCAGGCAAGAAAUCCCAGUUUCAAAGACAAAGAACACACAGAAAAACAACAAUAAGUGCAAAGAGGAGAAGGAGCCCUCGCAAUCAUCUUCCACACCAAAGAAAACGAAAAUAUGCUUCUCCUCUCCAGUUAAGGGAGCGAAGAAUGAGAUAUGGAUGUGGCCCAUCUAUAAGUCCAACCUUCCUGUGACCUGUGGAAACUUAAAAGGGACUUUGAACAGAGAUGGUCUAAGAAAAGGGGAGCCAUGCAUUUUGUUCAACAAACAGUGGCUCACUCCCCCUGAAUUUGAAAAACUCGGGGGAAAGGGUUGUAACAAGAACUGGAAGAUAAGCAUCCGAUGUAUGAACACGCCCAUUGCAAAGCUUUUGGAGGGAGGACCUCUGCAAAGUGCGAACUUCAGACGUAAGAAGGCCAAGAAAUUACUCUUCACCACUGAUAACGGCACCAUUUCAGAUUCCAACCAUGAGUUUGAAUCGAAAGAAACGAGUGAAGUGCAGCCUAAGGAGAUGCCCACGAGUAGCCAUACUACAAAUACAGACGCUUGGGUGGUCAAUGUGACAUGUGGAGCACUUGCUGGCAAAUUAUACAAAAAGCGAUUUGCAUCAGGGACAUGUGGUAAGAGCAUUCGCACCAACACCUGCUGGAUGACCCCAGCAGACUUCGUGAAGGAGGCAUUCAACGACAAGGAUGCCUCCUGGAAGAAAGACAUCCUGUGGGAAGGCCAGUCGCUUGGUGUUGUUAUUCAUGAAAACCUCUUGAGGAUGCACCCACUGCUGUGUACUUGCAAAUUGUGCAGACCAACUGAUAGUGAUCUGGAGGAGCAGAAAAACGAUGAUGAGUGUUGUGUGUGUAAAUGUGAUGGAGACCUAGUUGUGUGUGACCAAUGCCCACGUUCUUUCCAUCCAAAGUGCCACCUGCCUCACAUUGACAACAGCAUUUUGAGUAAUAAUAGAACAUGGAUGUGUACCUUCUGCAUCUUCACAACAACUCAAGGGUGGCGCUACUCUGACCAGUUGGAAAGCGAUAUAGUCCUGUCCAAACAAAUAUCCAAACACAUGCUAGGGUGCCAGUACCUCCUCCUAUAUCUGUUUAGUGCUGAUGAUGAACAACUUUUUGCAACAAAUCCAUGUGUCCAUUUGAACGACUACACUGCAGUGGUCGAGACUCCCAUGUGGUUACGCAAAAUUGCAGAAAAGAUCCAGAAGAACGACUACUGCUAUGUUGCUGAAUUUGUAGAUGACGUCCAGCUCAUUUUCUCUAACUGUGAUUUCUAUAACAAGGAUAAACCUUAUUUCCUUACCAAGGGGUCCAGACUGAAAAUGUUAUUUGAUGAAGAGUUUAAGAAGGCCUUCUAAAUUCUCAAAGACAUGUUUUUGUGUACCCCUUGUAGCCUUACUUAAUACAUAACCACUGGCCACAAAUUGAACUACAUAUGCUUAAUCUAAAGCAAGAAUUUCCAAAGAUAAAAAUGUUUGGUUUUGAUAAAAAAUGACAGAGAGACUUUUUUAGUAUUGUGGUUGUAGUUUGAAGUGAACUGAGAUGGAGAAAUAAUUGACUGAUAUAAUUGUUCUUUUGUGUAAGUCAUUCCUAUUUAAUAGUAUUUGUGUAAUAGUAUAUUUUUAAUGUAUAAUAGUAUGUUUUUUAUUAUUUUACUUCAUAUUUAUAUAAAUGUAUGAUUUUAGACAUUUAUACCAUACUGUAUGUUAUUUAUUUGCUUCAACCAUAUACACUAUGAGCUUCUUGAAAAUAACAUAUAUAUAUAUAUAUAUAUAUAUAUAUAUAUAAGUACAGUUUCAGUACAGUAUAAGUGAACAUUCACACAUUUGCAGUUUGGCAUUUCCAAAUUCACCUAAUUCUGGGUUUCAUAUUUUGAACCUAACGUCUGUUAUUUGCAAAAAAAAAAAAAAAAAGUACCUAUUCACUGUUUAUCUUGGUAUAUUACCGUGAUACCUCCAAAACAUUUGUGUGUGUGUGUGUGUGUGUGGGGUGCGUCACUGACGGAAUUUCACAUUUGUGGCAGGGCUCGGUCUGCGGGUAUCCCCCGUGAAUAGUGGGCGUUCAUUGUAUACCAAUUAUUUGUAUUUCACCACAGUGUAUACAUUUCCACCUUUUAAACCUGCCAUGGCUUAUGUUGCUGCAAAUCUAACCUGCUAAUUCACAUUACAAAAGGCAAAUAAAGAAAAAACUGCUUAGCUAACAGCAAAAUAAUAAAAUCUAUCUUUGUAA